ACUAAAAAAACCAGCCCAAUGCAGCACUCAAACGCGUUCUCUCUCUCUCUCUCUACAUUUUGUCUCUCUAAAUCCUCACUCUCUCUCUCUCUCUCUCUCUGACAGUAACCGGAUAACCAGAGUCCAGAAGAAGCCCCAAAAAGAAGACUCUUUUUUUCUUCAUUUUUUUCCCUUUUUUUGCUGUCGGCACAAAUACCAGAUCUGAAGCUAAAUCCAAAUUCGAGCUUCUAAACCAAACACCAAAACCAUGGAUUCAGAGCAACGACGCAAGCGAAAACGCAUCGCUAGACCUCUACACAACUACUUCUCAGUAAGAUCUCUAAUCCUGUGCUUCGCAUUCGUUGCUUUUCUCUACUUGUUAUCCAUUCGAAUUCCGAUGACUCCCUCUUCGUUCCGUCCCGUUCUCGUCGCUUCAAGCUUUCCUUUACUCUCCAUGUCUUCAAGCAAAUCGACUCGAGUUUAUCCUAACAGUAUUCUAUCGUCUUCUUCUUCUUCGUCGUCGUCGUCGUUGGUGAAGAUAGUGGAUCGAGUUCUGUUUCCUGAUCAUGUUUUGUUGAUGGUGUCGAAUAGUAUGAUGAUGAUGAAUAAGAAAAAUAGAUACGAAUUCAAAUGCGUUUACUAUGAAACAAAGUUGAAUAAUUAUACUCAGAUUAGGAGCUUUAUGAUAAAUUCCUUGUCUGUUGAUGACUACAGCGAGUUUCAAUCGAUUGUGAGGUGUCCACUCCCGCCUGUGAAUUGUUCCGUGGUGGUGAGUUUGGGGACUGGAGGAGGAAAAGGAAUGGAUUUGACUGAUAACCGGGCGGUUCAUAGUUGGGAGACCGUGGUGUACGCGGCUACUUUGGAUCGAAACACGGUGGUGGUGUUUGUGAAGGGAUUGAAUCUCCGGCCUGAUAGGGAAUCGGACCCGUCCCAAUUCACCUGCCAUUUUGGUUUGGGGAAUUGGGAGAGAGAGGGAAGGUUUAUGCUUAUAACUAAAGCAAUUAGGGCUUCUCAAGAAGUUGUGAGGUGUUUGUUGCCUCGGAGCAUGAGGUUGAAUCGUAGCAAGGCUCAGGGGAUUCGAGUCACUGUUGGUGUGACCCCUCAUGUCCACGCCAGGGGCCGUGAUCGUGUGCUUGUGCCAUCCGUGGCUAAGAUAGUCAAUUUUAAGUCUGAGGAAGAGAAGGGGAGGAGGAAGAAGAAGAGAAAUGGGAAAUACGAGCUUUGUGCUUGUACAAUGGUGUGGAACCAAGCUUCUGCUCUUCGCGAGUGGAUAAUGUACCACUCUUGGCUUGGAAUCGAGAGGUGGUUCAUUUAUGACAACAAUAGUGAUGAUGGAAUUAAGGAUGUGAUUGAUGAGCUUGAACUAGAGGAAUACAAUGUCACUAGGCAUGUCUGGCCGUGGAUUAAGACUCAAGAAGCGGGCUUCUCACACUGCGUUCUGAGAGCUAGAGAUGAAUGUAACUGGGUUGGAUUCAUGGAUGUUGAUGAGUUUUUCUACUUCCCGGUUCCAACCCGUAACCAAAGAUCCAGGAAAUUGCAUUUUCCUGGUCAAAACUCCCUUCGAAACCUGGUUAUGAAUUUUUCAUCAUCAUCAUCACCAUCACUAUCACCAUCACCAAUUGCAGAAAUCAGAACAGCCUGCCAUAGCUUUGGGCCGUCUGGAUUGAGGUCACCCCCUCCACAGGGAGUUAUGGUUGGAUACACUUGCCGGCUUCAGAGCCCCGAGCGACACAAAUCAAUCGUGCGCCCUGAUGCGCUCGACAUUUCCCUUCUCAAUGUAGUGCAUCACUUUCAUCUGAGGAAGGGAUUCAAAUACCUGAAUUUGCCCCAGAGCACAGCUGUGAUUAAUCACUACAAAUAUCAAGUAUGGGAGUCUUUUAGAGCAAAGUUCUUCAGAAGAGUUGCUACCUAUGUUGCCGACUGGCAAGAGAACCAAAACGAAGGAUCAAGAGAUAGGGCACCCGGGUUGGGAACAGAAGCCAUUGAACCGCCCAAUUGGCAUUUACAGUUCUGUGAAGUUUGGGACACAGGUUUGAGGGACUUUGUUUUGGCUAACCUUGGUGAUCCUGCUUCCGGGUUGCUUCCAUGGGAGAGGACUUUACUGUAACAGAUGAUGAUGUUAGGGGGAUGACAUACUUGAAGCUUGCCUGUGCAUGUAAACAAAAUUAGUCACACAACAAUCAUUCUUUCUUUUCAUUGUUUUCACUAUUUUGUAUCUGAUUUUUUUUUUACUUUUGUAGAAAUAUGACUAGAAGAAUUCACGGAUGAGUUACAGAGUUCUUUCAAAGCUUGUAAUUUUUCACAGAAAUGUGACAUAUUUUGUUUGUUCUUUAUGUUUAUCAAUAGAUUUGUUGACUCAUUUCCUUUC